AUGGCGGUUACGCCGCUCCGCACGGCGGAGGCGGCAGAGGGCCACGACGGCGUAGACCUGGACCCCAUCUGGAGAGCUCUGAAAGGCGUCAGCAGCGUUCUCGGUCACGUGUCCUGCGCGCUCGCCCCUGCGGCAGGCUCUUUUGGCACCGCUGGCAGCUGCCGUCGCGGUGCGUCCGGCAAUUUCGGUGGGAUAGCCGAGAUUGUGGACGGCGGCGUUGGCGGCCCUGCGGGUAUCUGCCCCGCCGGCCGUACUCUCGACCGAACCGGCAGCGUUUUGGUCCGUGUCGGCGACGGCCGUCCUGUCAUAUCUGUAUCUCGCAACUGGCCACAUGUUACUUCAAGUGAUUGUUAG